UGCCCCUUGGCUCCACACAGACAGCUGUCCCUCAGGGACAACCUGCCCUGGCUGGACUCUGUACACCGUCUCUACCUGGUGAGCGAGGUGUACUGCAGCUCAGAUGCCAAACUGCGUGUGCUGGGGAUGGAGAGGAGGACAGAGCUGAGGCUGGGGCCCAACACCCCUCUGGCCUUCUCCUGCCUCAGGCUCUCUGUCUCUCCCUCGGGCCUGGUGGAGGUGUGUGACGGCUGGGAGGGCAGCUACCUACACCCCAAGGCCAGGUGGGCCAAGUUCGACUCACCGGACUAUGCGUCUCUGGUAGCAGGUAGACCGGUGUCUGAGCCCAAGAUGAUGGGCCUGCUCUCCCAGUUUGCGUUCAACUUCUCCCACCCCUCCAUAAUCUCCCUGCCCAGCUCGGCCCUCCACCUGCCGGGCCCGUCCCCCAGCAAGGAGCAACACCAGCACCACAAGGUGACAGACUACCAGGAGGCGCAGGAGAUCUCCAGCGAGGCCCUACUGCCCCUGGAGGAGGAAGAGGAGGAGGGAAGCUGAGGGAGAGGGAGGAA